UGGUGGGGUGCGCCAGGCCCAUGCAGCAGUGUAACGCAUGGACGACGCUCGAAGGCCCCAAUAGCAAGCUACCGUGGUGGGCCUUCCCCCUAAAAAAAAUGAGUUAAUAUCGUGUGGGCCGAUGGCCCACGUAUCAGAUAUUAAACUGAUAAGAACAGAUACUACACUUGAUCUUAGCCAAAAGGCCGAGAAAGGUAUGCUUUAAAACAGCCCAUCUACCUUGCUUUUAUAGUCGCUGCAGUUUCCUGCCGUCUCCUGCUUAGUCGAUGUGGGACUAUUUCUUAUAGUUUUGGCCAGUACAAUCAAGUUCUAAACUUAAAAAAGAUAGAUUGCUGCGGGUCUGUUUGGCCAGCAGCCAAUCUAUUCCUACAUGGCUCUAAAUCUUUGACGAACAAAUGGCACAAAAAGCUCAUGUGAUAUAACCAAUUCUUUGAAUCCUUUUCGAGUUACAUAACUGGAUAAAAGUCAGUAAGUAAUACUUCUAUUGCACUCUCAAUUCAAUUGGAAGCUAGUUGAAAUGUCAUCAAUUAAAAUUUACAGAAUAAUAACAUUGCAUUAGAAAUUAGAAUAGAAAAGACGCUGCUAAUUUUGGGUUUUGACUGAUUUUUUGGUUUCUUCCACUUGUAUGCAGCUUCAAUAAUUUUGAGAUUCUUACACUGUGUUUCUUCAGGGAACAGAUAGAUGGUCAAUGUAUUCCUCAUACAUUGCUGGACCAUCGGACCAUCCUCGGUCUCGAUGUGCCUCCUCUUCUUGAGUUUUUUUGGGGCUCUUGAACAUAAACCAAAUCAACAUUGCCAAGCAAGCUCCCCGCAACUGCUCUCCAAAUUUAACCACUCUUCAAGCAGCAUUGCCCUUUCUUCUUUCAGCUCAGGUCGCUGGAUUGCAAGCUCAAAGAUGGAUCUUGCUCGCUCUGUUUCACCAAAAAUCUUUCCAAUUUGGCAUAGCUGUUCUACGCAUAUCAAUUCUCAGGUGACCACUCCAGACACUUAUCAUAUAUAUAGCUUUCUACAACGGUCUGUGUUGCCGAGUUGCAGUUCUGUUUCAAUUUACUUCGUAGAAAGCUUCUGCUUAAGAGACUUCCCAAUUGCUGCUCCUAGGAUUGAUGCAGCCAUUUGUAGAUUUAACUGUCGAAUUUCAAACUGUACAGCCAUCAACCAAGUCUUUGCAAAAGAAAAUUUCCCCCGAGGAGUUAACUUGAGGCAAGACUUUUCAACUUCUCUUGCACCUUCAACAACAUCCUGAUCAUCAAGUUCCUCGUACAAACAU